UUGCACCUCCUAUGGCUGCGAGUGCUAGUUUAUGCUUAAUUGAAUGAAUGAAUUUGAAUUAGCCUAAUAAAUCUGUUAUGGUUUGGUAAAACCCUUCAACGCAGAUUUUUCUUCCACUUGGUUGGAAUCUCAAAACCCGACUCAAAUUACAGCCAUUUGCUCACUUGUGCAUUACACAGCAACUGAGGUCGCACGUUACUCUUUCGAACAGACUGGGAGCGAUAAUGACGGAGUUCAAGAUAGAUGAUAAGAGUGGAACAACAUUGCACCUUUUCCUCUUCUCGGACGUUUCCAACAGCAAGGAACUAUUAAAUCUUAUGCAAGCGGGGACACUUGAACCAGAAUUGGCAUUCUUGAAUGCAGUACUUAUACCAGAUGUAUUUCCUGUUCUUGCUGCUGCACAUAAGACUCUCUUGGCCAAGUGGCGAGGGUGUCUUACCACAAGAACUGUUCAUUCAGAGCUUGUGUACAACUACUCUGGAUCGAAGCAUAUAUCAGAAUCUUUGAAAAGAUGUGGCAUUGAUGAGAAUACAACAUAUAUUCUUGUAGCUCGAUUUGAUGCCACUUCCAAUGAGUUGGAGGCUACUAGGAGGCUGAUUAAUGGUACAGAAAUAAGCUUGUCAGACUUGGCAAUCAGAGCUGACAAAGCUCUGAUACAAAAACAUUAUAAGAUAUCAUCUCUUGAACUAGGGGUCUCAUCUUUGGCUGAUGCCAUUGUGUGCCGAAUUGCUGUUCGAGAUGCCUUGUGAAGUGGAUGCAGAUGGAAAGUUUACGUAGUACAAGACGUGGAUAGAAAUCUCAGAAUACCUUAGCAUUUAUUGUGGUACACAGGUCUGCAAGUGCAGAAUUAAAAUCUGCUAAAAGCCUAAAGGUUACAAAGAAUACUUGUAUUCUUAAGUAGGCCUUGUUUUUCUUAACAGUUUCUUCUUUUGCUAUCUAGGAUUACAGAAUGCUUCAAUAUUGCCUCACAAUUGUUUUCUCUAAGAUGUGUUUUAUCUAUUAAACAGUGUAGAUGAAGCCUUCCCAAAGGUAGCAUGUGAAUAUACCAUUUUUUGAUGGUUUGACAUGAUUUUUUUUUUUUUUCCUUCUAGUAUUCUGCUAAUGAAUUGGUCUGUAUAUUUCAUUGAAUGUAAUUAAACUUCCUUUUCUUCUCAAAAUAAAUUCUCGCAUGAACUGAAUUCUCGUGCUCUUCAAAGAGA